GAUCUCCGACGGAUUAAUUUUCACGAGUACGACGACGCUUGAGCGUUAGCAUGUUGGCACCCGAUUAUGACUGACCUUUGAGACGGAGAAGUACUACACAAUUUCCUUUUUCCUUGCUUUAUUUGUAGGUUAUUUAUUCACGGCGAAAGACGCCUUCGUUUUCGAAAUAUUAGUUUGUACAUAUCAUCAAUAAUUCCGUUGCAAUCAUUGCUUGGAUUACGACACUACUGAGAGGGAAAUUUUGGAAAGGAACAAUAUGGGACGUGAAAAUCGUCUUGUUCUGGUGUUACUUCACGUUUUUAUUGAGCUGGGUGUACUUGUGAGUGGAGCCAUCGUGUACCCAUCGUUGCAUUGGAGUUUUCAAAACCCCCUAUUUAAAAAAGGACAUUAUCGCUUAAAUGUCCUUCCAGGAUCUAAGCUCAACAUAAUAUGUCCACAUGUAGCAGUAUCUCUAGUGAAGAGACAGGAUACUGAUACUGGUUUUAACUGCGAAAAUUUUUGGCGAGUAGAUUUUAACAGUUAUCAGACUUGCAAUGUGAGCGAAAACAGCAUACCACAGAACAAGAUAUUCUUAUCAUGUGAUGAUCCACGUCAGAUGCAGUUUGAGACACUUGUGUUUCAGCCUUUUAACGCUGACCCGUCUCGAGUAUUCAAGAAAGGAAAGGUCUAUUAUUUCAUUUCUACCUCAACUGGAUCCUAUGAUUCAUUGAAGGGAAGAAGUGGUGGACAUUGUCUAAAAGAAGACAUGAAAAUGCAAAUAUAUGUUUGUACAGGACCUGAGGAUACAAACUGCACUGAUGAGAAACCUACUACUAAACCACCCCAGGUUGCUGUAGAAACCUUUAUAACAAAUACAACAUCAGCCCCAAGUACAGUUAGGGUGGAAACGACAAAGUUGUCUUCUUCAAAACAGCCAUCACCUCCUCAAACUAACAGCACUGAAACUGACAUACUAUCCCCUCAAACAAGUUUUCGUGGUCAUCCAACUUUAGGAGAUCAACCUCUUGCUGAAGCAAGCACAAAAGGAAAAGAUAGUUCCCACAGUAAGAAUGGUAAACAUCAUUGCAUGCAUAUACCUUUUAACCGUAGAUAAUAACUUCUAGACCACUUCCAAGUUCUUGUGGUUCAGUGUAGCAAUCAAUUAACUCUCUUUUGGUUUGUUAUCCUUUAGAACAGUAGGGUUUUGUUUCUAUUACAUUUACGUUUAUCUUUUACACAGGAAUAGCUAUACUUGGUGCUUUGCUGGGAAUUUUUCUGCUUAUUUCAAUUGGAGUCAACUGUUACUGUUUCUGGAAGCUGAGAUUACAAUCAUCAAAACAGGGUGAAAAAAGCGGUCCUCCCUCAACACCAACACCUGUGUAAUGAUUUCAUUCACAAAAAUGAUGUAGUUUAGAUAUAAUAUCAUCUUUAUAGAUAUCAGUUAAAAUUUAUGAUAAAAAAAUGGCAGUAAUUACUGCUAAUAAUGAUAAAAAAAUGUUUCAGGUUUGUAACACAUUUAAAUCUCGGUAAAUUUGUUAGUAUCGAAGUUUAUACAGUGUCCCAUUGAUUCAGUAAUAGUCAAGCUCUGAGUGUCUUGGAAAGCCUAUACAUUUAAUAAAAACCUACAGGGAGAAACAAUAUGUAUCUGGCUGCAAUACUGGGAUUGUUCAAAGCUCUCCUUGUUUCAUAUUCAAUGCCUGAAACAAACUGUAAAAAUCUGCAAGUCAGUGUCGAAGGGACUUACACAUUACACACUUAACUAUUUUGUAUUGGAGUGUUAAAAAGACACUGGCUCAAUGUGGACAGUUUAAGCUGUGCUGCUUAUGGAAGAUAGGAAUGGUCUUUUUAUAUUGUGUUCACUUUAUUUAUGUAAAUUAAGAUAUCAAGAAAAAGAAAAUCACUAUUUGCCAAGGAUAGAACCAGUGGCUUCAGAAGUUGAUUGGGUUGAAAUCGUUGUGUCAUGUAUCCAAUUUUUAAAUAUCAAUUGAUUGACUCUUAGCUAUGAAGAACAGUUAGUGUUCAAGAAAUUAAUCCCUUGUUCAGCAUUUGUAAGAGAACCCUUUAUAUGUAUUUCAGUGGUGGCACAAUUGACAUUGUUGGCAUUUGUAUGUAAAUACCUACACCUUACAGGCCUUUUUGUUUUGACUAAUGUAAGAGCAUGUUUUGAAGAGUGAUUCAUGUAAUCUUUUUUGUUCUAUUUUUGGGAGGCUGAGUUAGUAUUAAGCAAGUAAAUUUCAACUGUAUAGUAUUGUGUAGAAAUGAUUCAAACAUUUGCAAUGUUGUACCUUUUUGAAAAAAUUAACAUUUACUGUUAGAACUGUUGUUGGGUCCUGUUGUAACUGUCAUGAAUAAGAGAGGUGUCAAUACAGUCAAACCUGUAUUAGGCAGUCCUCCUGUAUUAAUCACUACAAUUUUCACCUCUAUUAAGCGGUCACCCUGUGUUAAGGAAUCCAUCUUGCCUGCUCAGGUAGCCAAUCAAAACACAGGAUUCACUUCCAAUUGCCCCUUGGCACUACCAGCAUUAUAGCAAUUUUUUAUCACCUUUGUUAGCAUUAUGGCUGCUGCCAAUAGGGAACCUGUUAACUUUAUCCUAAUAAAUAUCUAAUAAUAUGACAUACAUAUACAGUAAAGUGAUCUCGAUUAUUUUACUAGUUGUGUGUAACAGUGAUAUAUGUAGCCAUUUUUAACCCUCCUAAUGCUACAAACAUGGAUCAUAUGGAGAGCAAAAUAAUCUACUCUUAAACGAUAAGGGUUUAGAUACAUAAAGGAUUAAGAAAUUCAGCAAUAUCAUAUGGUCUCAGUACUCUAAAUAGUCCAAUCACAAAGAAAAAUAUGUAAAUAUUAAAAUAUAUACUAAAGUAUUAUGAAUAUUAUGAAGUAAGUCUCCCUAUAAUCAACUUUUAAUAAUAAUGAAAACGUUUGUCCUUAUUCAAAAUAGAUGAGCUUUCUAUCUCAAA